UCUUCUUGCAUAUACAUAUAUAAGUAUGACGUCGUCCAUCAUCCAUGUCCGCCACCUUGAGGUUACUGUCCGAGGAUGCAACUUAUUUCAAGAAUUGUAUCCCAGGAGCCAACCAUUGUACGUUUGUUUUCAAUAUGGUGACCUUACCUGUAUUACAGUGCCAAGUCAAGAUGGUGGAAUGAACACCAGUUAUCCAAAUAGGGCCGGCUUCCCACUAAUUGAAGGCCUAAACGAGCUUAAAUUCGUGGUUUGGAAGACUAUCCAGACUAAUUUCGAUUAUAAUGAUUUUAUGGGCAGUGGCAGGAUUUGUUUGCAUAGUGUCGUUUCAGAAGGAUCUAAAGAAUCCUCUUAUGACUUUCAAAAAGAAAAUAAUAGAUAUGGUGAAUUAGAACUUGCAUUGCAGUGUAGACCUUCCGAGGGGUCCGAUCCAUCAUCUUCUUUGGCAAACUCGACCCCACUAAGCCACCCGCGACAUCCUUAUCAUUCUUCACAUAAUUUCUCUACAGAUCGGACAUUGUCAUACUGGCCUCCACCAGUUUUCCAUCAUUCUCUUUCAUAUCCUCCGCCGCCGCCGCCGCCUCGUUAUCCGCCUACAUAUCCAUCACUGCCGCAACCCUAUCAAUAUUCGCUUCCAUAUCCGCCGCCACCAUCCCAUUAUCUGCCUCAAUAUUUGUUUCCGCCAUCCCAUCAUCUGCCUCUAUAUCCGGUUCAACCACCGCCGCUCCGACCGCCAAUCCAUCCUGUAACAUUUGUUGCUUCCUUUCUUUCAAUUGGAGAAAACCUGUUUCAAUUCUUCUGUGGAAAUUGA